AUGGCUAGCUCAAACCACCCACUCCUUCUCGCUGCCACAGUAGCUCACGGCUUGCUUGCUCUCGGCCACAUGAGCAAAGGUCUUGAGCAGUUCAAGCACGCAUCUAUCAAUGCUCUGCCAACCACACUGCGCGGCGCUGUCAAGGCGGGCUGGUAUGAGGGGGGUGGAUUCCUUCUGAUAAUGGCUAUCUUGAACUACAAAUGGGCGCAAACCGGACUGCUUGAUGUCUACGACAAGAGUAUUGCUGGACUGCUGGUAGCCAUACUGGCUGGUGCGGCAGCAAGUUACUUCCAAAGCGGUGAUAAGCCGACUGCAACUGCGCUGUCCGUUGUUGCUAUUCUGCAGGGGCUUGGUGCCAAGGGUGCGUCACCGUAG